UGCCAGCUCAAGCCCCCCCCGUCUGUUUUAUUCUUGGUUUAUUGUCCAUAAUCUUGACUGCCGGCCAUUCAUCCGAAGUAAGUGCCGUUUGUCGGUUGCGUGGCAGCAUGCAAGGGAACCCGGUCAAGCAGUGAAGUUUGAUGGUGCUGGAGAAAAAAGAGCCCACCAUUCCCGUUGGGCAUAAGCGAUCUGUGCCCCCAGCCACCAAAUCAUUCCACUACAGCGGGUUGGGUGGUGGGCCACAGCCCAGCUAUCGACAACGAGGCCGAUCGAUCGUGAGAGCGAGAAAAAAAAAGACGAGGAAAAACAGAAGGAAAAAAGGUGACGCAGGAAACCCGCAAAUCCGCAAACACGGUUCGUUCGUGACCAGCAUUUGUAACUGCUGUGUUUGCUUUUUUGACUCCGUCUGCCAUCAGCUCUGCCCCCACGCAUCAAUUUAUCCUUGUCUGUUGCCGAGCGCGCCAACGCGCUCUCCCUGCGACUGCCACUUCCCACGCCACCAACUCGCCUCUUCCGACAACCUCUUCUCGAAGCUUCCUCUCCGACGAGCCACUCGACGCGCACCCGCCCCUCGUCGCCGUCGCACCAAUCGCCCUCACCUGGCGCGAAAGAACAAGCAUACACAACAAUCUACCCAGCGAGGUCCGACCCAUCUCCGGCUGCCCAACCAAAGGCGUCCUCACCCACCUGCUCUCCAUCGCUCCGAUAACGCGUGGCUUGGGUAUCACACGCCGCCCAGUUGUUUGCAUCCAUCGGCUUCCUCACCCGGCAGCUCGCUCGUCCGCGCAGACUGUCCUCCCCGACGGAGAGCAGCCACCCGCCUUCGGGCACCGCGACGCGCACGCCGAGCCAGCCGGGGCUGACUCUCUAGCCGCGCGCGCGCCGCUCCUUCCCCACCCCCUCAGACAAAGGCAUACCCCUCCUUCCGCCAUGGCGUCGUCCCCUAAGAAACGGUCGCGCAACGAGGCGGACGAGUCGCGCGCCGAGUGUCCCUUCUCCAUUAGGCUCGUCGACCCCAAGGAGAAGGAGCAAAAGUCCAAGAAGCGGCGCAAGCCGGUCGCGGAGCCCGCCGAGGACGACGAGACCAAGAAGAACCUGGCCCAGUUGUCGCCCUUCGCCCCGACUGGAAAGUUCAAGACGCACGACACCAUGGACGUGCACUACCAGGUCGAGCCGGCAAAAAAUUGGGCGGAUAUGACGCGGUACAACAGCUUUGUUCUAAAUGGCGUCAAGUACUUCAGCGAGGGCUUCAUCUACGUGGCAAACGAGUCGUCCAUCGAUCGGCAAAAGGCGCCGCCUAAUAAGGUAGGCGGCGUGAAGAAGAAGUCGGACGAAGAUUGGGUCGCGAGGAUCCUCGAGAUCCGGGCCAGCGACGAGCAUCACGUUUACGCUAGGGUCUACUGGAUGUACUGGCCCGACGAGCUGCCACAACACAUGUUGGACGGGAAGAAGAUGGCGCAGGGCCGCCAGCCAUAUCACGGACAGAUGGAGCUCAUCGCCUCAAACCACAUGGAUAUGAUCAAUGUGGUCAGCGUCACUUCCCAAGCACAGGUGAACCAGAUGAUCGAGGAUAACGACGACGACAUUCAGAGCAGCCUUUACUGGCGACAAGCUUUCGACGUGAGGACAGCCGAGCUCUCAUCGGUCGAGCAUGUCUGCAAAUGCGGCCAGCCAGCAAAUCCUGACAAGACCUUGAUAGGAUGUUCCAACACAAAAGGCGGCUGCGGAAAAUGGCUUCACUCGGACUGCCUGAUACACGAUGCGCUCACCAGGGUUUACGAGAAGCUGGGCAAGACCGAGCCACACAUAACACCACCCACGCCCACCCUCAAGGACGAAAAAGACGGCGACGAGGCCAAGAGUCCACUGAGCCCCAAGGAGUCGGGCGGAGCAGUGUCGGCCCAGCAGUCCAUCGACGUCAAGUCGGACGGCGUCGACGUCAAGGACAUCAAGCCAAAGAGUGAGUCCGCCAGGGUGGAGGAGGAGUCGACGGCACCGCCAACCUCGACGGAGCCCGAGACGAGGCCGAUAAAGAGCUCGGCUGAGCCAUCAUCGAGCAGGGCCGGCGGAACUGGGCGCAAGGGCAAGUCCAAGAAGAAGGGAGAGCCUUACGAGGGGCUCUUCCAAGCCAAAACCGUCAUGAACCUGACGCCGCCCUUGAUGGAGAUCACGGACCUGCGACGGGGCAUCGAGGGCGGCGACAAGACGUGGAUGGAGCCAAUGCCGUGCCUGAUCUGCCACGAGCAAAUAGUAUAACCGUGUGCUGGGCGCCUCGCGUGGGCCGGCAACAAGGGGUCGGGCAGCACUUGCCCGAACCCUUGUUGCCGGGCUCUUUUCUUCACAAAGCCUCCUCGGCAAUGGCCACACUCGGGGCCUGCAAUAUCUGCUCACCCACCAAUAACGUACAGACACGCGGACGCGCCCUCGUUGAGUCUCAUGCCAUCUGACGUCAAAGACGCAUCUUUUCUCGUGGGGCAGAACUCUGGCAUCUGGCAAGGGGCCCGCCUCGUUCUCUAGUCUUCUACACACACCACUGUUACCCCUUCAUUCAUGGUGCCCGGCGCUUCUGGACCACCUUGUUUGCGCUUGAUUGUGCAUCUUCCACUUCGACCGCCUUAUGUGCCCCGCCGAUUCGACUCGCCCGGUUUUCCCACGAACCCUAUCCCGAGCCAGGUCCUGCUGACAUCUGGCAUCAUUGCCAACCGACCCACAAUGGACAUGCACGUUGCGAUUGCCAGCUAUCUGCAUACGUCUGCCUACCGGAGUCUGGACCUGCUGGCUAGCGCUUGCCAACUGGCCGUUCGACGAGGCUUCUGCCCUCAGGCAACAGAACCGGAUGGCCGUCCGUAGACGGCGCCCGAGCUCUGAUAUUUGCUGGCACCCGAGCUCCUACCAUGCUCGGUGUGAUAGCUAGCAAAGAGCCUCAACAGCAGACACACUUGAGCCUGAAGGAGAGCCGGGCUUAUGGCCGCUGGCUCUUGAUGCGAUCUGCCACCCAGACGCAGGUCUGGGCAUGUGCUGUGGAGACUACAUCCUUCAUAUGAAGUCUCGACCCACAUAGGCGGCGCGCUGAGAAACACCGUUGCUACCUGUCCCCGAGGCACCCAAAGAAUUGGGUGAUCUCGGGCGCGCUGUAACGUCCAGGCAGACAGCACAUGGGCUGGUCUUGUCUUCUUCUCCCGAUAUCCAAUUGUCCCACUACCCUCUCUAUCAAGCAUUUGUUUUGUGUGGCAUGCUUGCCUAUGGUAUUACUUAGACUAGGGCGGAAAGAUCGGAGAUCUGGUAAUGGGAGUUAAAAAAAAAAAGGUCGUCAAGGCCAUUUAGGUUGUCGGGUUCACUGCUCUUCUUUUUGUCCUUUAGGGUGUUUACUCGUCGCAAAAGCACUUUAUCUGUUCUUAUUCUUUUUAGCCACUUUGCGAUGAGCCCAUCCUCUGUAUUUAGCUCUUGAAUAGCCCUGGAGUUGAUAGUCCUCUGCCUUGAUGUACUUGGGUAUGCAUUCAUUUAUCUCUAAGGUGCAUAUUUAGCUCGUGAUUCC